UCGGAAGUGAUCCAGUUAUACGUAUACCUAUUAUUGUGGCGGUAAAUAUCUUUAUUUGCAAUAUAGGUUAAACCGAUUCAUCCAUGUCAAAUGUUCCUUUAAGAGUUUGAAAGUGACUCAACGGUGCGAUAUUUUAAUAAUCUUCGUAAUCUACCAAGUGUGAAAAUGACAAGCGUCAAGAUAAAAAAAGCAAACAUUAUGAGAGGCAUCUGGCAUCAUCGGUGAGGUUGCCAGAUACACACUACUACUCUGACGCCCCGCCCUUGGCUCAGUCAGAGGCGGUCUAGCUUUUCUUGCAUUAGGCCGUUACCUCCGCUACCUCGUGAACAUUACGUGCACGGACAUUAUCUUUGAGAAGGAGACUGACCAGGCAAAAAUCACCAUGAAUGACGAUGAAAAUAAUCCUUUUAUGGGGAUUUAUGACGACCCAGCAGCCCUGGACAUGAAUUUUUCUACAUUUGACUCUAUUGAUUAUCUGAUGGGCACUACCUACACUGGACGCCCCGUGACCAACCCUCCCCCUCAAGAUAAUGUCCCUAUGCUUAUUGAGUCAUUUAUUAACUUUCCAACUGAUGACAAAGUGAUUGGGGAAGGGAAUGUCCUACCAAUAGAGAACCCUCCUCAUCUGAACAACCCUGUGCAGCAACAUGUGAAAGAAGAAGUUGUGUUUGAUCUAGAGAAAAGUAUACAAUCAUUCAGCAACAAUGGCAACUUGAGUGUUGAGAUUGUAGAAAGUUCACGCCCAAGGAACAAGCCCUAUGUGAUGGAGGACAAUAUUCUCUUCAUCAAACCUUCGAAAGCGGUCGAAAUCAAAGUUUUGAAUGCCCAGGAGGGACAGAUCGUGAAGCUGUCCCUGCGAUACAAAAGCAAGACGCACUACCGGCAACCGGUCCUGGCCUGCUCAGACCACAAGGAGGAAGAUGGCCAAAACCCAGAGGCCACUUUCUAUGUUUAUGAGAAAAAAAAUCUUGUCAAUUACAGUCUGGAAAAUAGGCAUCACACAGCCUUGAUCCCCCUGACAGAGGAAGAGGGCUUUUGUUUUUAUCCAAUCUUCAGGUGCUGGAACUUUUGUGGGAAGAAGUACGGGAAGGACCAAAAGAUGAUCCUCACUGUGUUGGACAAGAUGAGCAAUAGGGUGUUGCAUGAGAGAAGCAUUGAUUUACGUGUCUGUGAGAAUGUUGGCCGAGACCUGCGUCAGUACAGGGACGAGAGGGAUGGGAAUCCUCCAAGGAGGACUGUGGCCAAGGUGAGGCUUGGUGGCUGCCAUGGUCAUGCUCCAUCCCCUUCCUCCACCAUGCACAUACUACACAUUAGAUCUCGCCACCAGAUGGAGAAAGAAGCCCAAACAAGUGAGAACCUGAUUGAAGGUCCACCGUCAUCUAGGCCUCGUUACUUCAUGGUAAAGAUGGAGGACAAUUCGCUGGUUGGGACUCUGGAGUCACUGGCCAAAGUGAGAGGUGAAUGUGUUGAACUUGAUCCAGCUGUUCACCACCCUGAGAAAUAUUUCCAGUAAUGCGUGUUAGGUGGUCGUAAACCUGCCUCACCCUGAUAACAACAGAAUGUAGCCUCUUGGGAAUACUUCAGAAAGAGCUCCUACUAGCAGGCUGGUGCAGCAGGGGAAGAGGAGGGGAUACAGGACAGCUUGUCAAGGUCAGACUGACAAUGUUAACACUUUUACUUUUGUAAUGUAAAGUUCAAAUUUUCUUGUAACUUUGAGAAAUGUACUUUUCAUAAUUAAUCUAUUAUUUGGUUAACAUUCGUCACAUGGGGUGGCACAUACAAUGCUACAUACACGUACACUGUCAUAUUUAGUAUAAUUUCAUGGAUAACCUAGCUACACCCAACUUAGCCUUGCACAGUUCGCUACAUAUUUCAAAGCAAGCCUCACAUAAUGAUACUUUAUCAAUAUUGAUUAGCCACAAAUUUAUGCCCAUCAUUUACUGGGUUUCAAUGAGUUGUCUGUUUUAAAGCCAUUUUAGUGAGCAGUGACUAAAUAUAAAAUCUUCAGACAUGAUUUCAUUUUAUCUUGUCCAAUUAUUAUUAUUAAUUUUAGAUAUAAAGCAAAUAGGUAUAAAGUUUUAAAUGUGCACACACACACACACACACACACACACACACACACACACACACACACACACACACACACACACACACACACUUACACUUACAGGGUGAAGAGAAACCGUAAAUAGGUAUAAAGUUUUAAAUGUGCACACACACACACACACACACACACACACACACACACACACACACACACACACACACACACACACACACACACACACACACACACACACACGGACUUACAGGGUGAAGGGGAACCGUAAAAGUAGGGAUGGUAUUAUUGGAGCUCUUUCCCCUCCUCGUCACUGCUAGCUCCUGCAAACUUUAGUACUCCUGAUACUUAUGCCAGUGGGAGCUGUUUCUGAUGGUAUUCUUUGUUUAUGUAUCCUUAAGUUAAUUUCAUGAUAACAUUUAUGUAUUACUGUUGGGCAGAAAGUGUAUAAUGAAACUUUUUUGGCAAAGCUGCAAUGAAAAAUCUGUGGGACUUUUAUAUUAAAUUAAAUAAUUGUAGUUGUAAUCUAUAGCUUUUAUAUCAGAAUUUAAUCUUAGAAUUGAAGGCCACUGAAAAGAUAUAGAAUUUUUUGAAGUAAUUAAAAUGAGGUUUGAUUGACACUUGAAGCCCUGAAGUGUUAUGGUAAGGAGGGAGUGGCGCAUUCAUCAAACCACCACCACCACCACACACAGCUUUUGUGUGAGCAACAGCCAAGAAAAUGCUGAGGUGGGUGCAUAUACAUACAAUGUUCCUUUGGUGGCUGAAGGAUUUUUUUGGUCACAUAAUUCCUGAAAUUUUACUAAAACAUAAAUUCUAACCAAAAAAAAAAAAAAAAGUAAGUGAAGUAAAAAAAGAAAAAAAAAAAAAAAAUCAUCAGUGAAGUAAUGCAGGGGCCAGUGGUCCAUGUCUUGCCUCGAGUCAUCCACUCUCUCCCUUACUAAACACCAUAAUUUCUAAAGCAUAAGUACAUGCUGAGUAUAUAAUUUGUGAUGAUGAGUAUAUAAUACUUAUACUUCAAAUGUUGUUUUGCAAAAUGCAACACAUGACAGCUUUUCCUGCAUCACACUACUGCCCAGGAACAGUGUGCGAUCAGGGUCAAGAAGCAAGAGAAAUGUUAAUCAAUUUUCAAGCUUGGUUCUUAUAAAGGGGAGGCAGAUAUACCUUUAAGGAAGUUAAAGCUAUAUUGCCAUGAGUUACUUGAAUAGCUCCACAAAUGGAGCAUGAAUAUGUAGUAAUAGUGUGGUGCGUCCAUCCCUACAGUCUUGUAGAAAUAUUUUCUCCUACACUUAAAAGAGAGAAAACUGUUGGGAGUAUUGUAUCACAUUUCCCCACACGCGAACGUAAGGUGCCAGCUUCACACCUUACUCGAGUAUCUUCACAUUUUUUCUUUCACUUGCCUACAAGAAAUAAGAAAACAUGGCAAGUAAUGCUUAGCACAAGAUGCAACAUGCUGUGCUGGUGGUAAGGCAGUGCCACCCCUUAGCACAUGAAGGUGUGGGGAUGCUGUCCUGCUAUCCUGCAUUGAGACUCUCUUCCCUGAGUGGGUAUCACUGCCAUGAGAGGAAGGUCACUUUGUUUAGUUUGUGACCCCAGGAAAAGUAGGAAUCUGAUCCUACACUUAUAUUAAUCCACAGCUAUACUACUAACUAAUCAUCCUCUGGACUGUUGUCCCAUGAGUGGAUGUCCUACAAGAUGUUCCUGAUCAUGAAAGAGGGAAUUUGGUGGGAACUUUUUUGUGGAUCUUGCUAAUACAGGAGAGUGAGGUAGUCAUUCCUCCACCAUUCAGAGAGAGAGAGUGAGUGAGUGAGUGAAUGAUUGUAUGCUUAUUCCUCAAGUCUCUGUAAGAGGUUAUUUCUGUGCCGUAUUUUAAUUUCUUUUGGAGUUUUGAAAUAAUGAACUCAAAAUUUGUAUAUUUGGUGCCACAUUGUAAGCCUUAAGUGUUAUUAGAAAUUUUGUAAAUCAAGGCACAACUUUCCUGUGUACCUGUAGUGCCCUGCUCUAAUGCAGCCCUGUGGCUUCCUUGCCUAUUGCACCUUAUGAUUUUUUUGCUGCAAGUGUUCUGGGAGACCUGUUGGGAUGUAUCAAUAAUAAUAAUAAUAAUAAAUAACAAUUAUGGACAACUAAAGUUUGGUUGACCAAGAUAUCUCAGAUUGUUUAUUGUCUUGGCUACAUUUGUUACUCAGUCCUUCAUUUCAUUGGAAGGAAAGAUAUCAGGUUGAGGGAGAUUUUGACCACCAAUUAACAGUGACUUACUGUCAAGUGGUUUUAUUUUAAGAGCUUUGUGUGUGGUUGUCUAAAAAUGUUAUUGUAGGUCAUUGGAAAAUUUGUUUCUUCAGAAUUCAGUGCAGAGAGUUUUGAUUUGUAGACGUGGAGUUGAUGAGAGUACAUAAAAAAUGCCUGAUUCCUGCUUUAUUACUGCACAUGUGGGAAAUAAAAUUGUACAAGGACUCCAGGCCACUUGACCAUGUUAAGCUCGUGAUAAAACAUUGGAACAAAGCCACUAGUAAUUUCUUGUAUCUAUCCUUGAGUUUGAAAGAAAUGUAAAUUAAAGUCUAAAGUAAUACACUUGGAUGGAAGAGUUUCCCAAGAAAGACAGCAUUGAGCUAGUGGAUGACCCUGUAGAAGUUGACUGGCAGUUUGAUUGACAACAAAUUUGACAAAGAAUGAAGAGAUGUUGAACUGAAGUACAGUACAUGAGAAAACUUUGAGAGGGACAAGGAUGAUAGCUAUGGUUCAAGCAGGGAGGGAGGGAGGGAGGAACAUACUCUACCAUGAUCACAGGUAGAGGAACAAUGUCAGUUGCAUCCAUUAUUGGUUUGUUGUCAAGGCAGUCCUUCAUCUCUUCAUCUUUGGCAGAAGGACAUUAGAGGGUAUGGCUUCAAUUCCAGUUAGAGUAAAGGGUGUAGUUUAAUAAUAAUAAUAAUAAAAAUGUGUGUACACAUGAUAUGUGUGGUUACAGUAAGUCUCCACAUAGCAGACUUGCGCAGUAUUUAGUUAUUAGUAUAUACCAUUUCAUAUUAUGCUUCUCACUAAUCUUUACUUAGCAUGUUUUAGAUUAUGUAUUAACUAUAUGUAACAAUUCCUUAUGACAUAAUAAAUUGAUUAAAUGCC